UAAUAUAUAUAUAUAUACACACACACAAACACAAAUAUACGUGAUUAAAAUUGACAGUGUCUUCUGAAGAACACCAAAGAUUUUUUCCUCAUGGAUUUGACGACUUUUGGAUCUUUUAUAAUUUUUACCACAUUAAUAAAUUUAUUUAUUGAUUCACCAGUUCAUGGCCUUUGGUUUAAUUGCGGUCCAGGUGAACAUCUUGUAGGAACCGGAAGCUAUCCUGUAGCAAAAUGUGAAAAAUGUUCUGGCUCCAGUAGUUAUAGUGUUGGGGAAUGGAGCCCCUGUAGCGCGUCUUGUGGGAACGGCUCACAAUCCAGAUCAGUACAUUCCGUAUAUGCAUGCGGCGGCUCAAGUCAUCGUACUGAAUCGAGACCAUGUAACACACACACGUGUCCAGUAAAUGGCGGUUGGAGUACCUGGGGUCAGUUCACGCCCUGUGACAAAUCCUGUGGGGCUGGGAUUCAUGUCAGAUUCAGGUCAUGUGACCAACCUUCCCCAUCAAGUGGUGGACUGCCGUGUCAUGGAAAUUCCUUAGAGACUGCCUCGUGUAACAGUCAACUAUGUCCAAUAUUGGUAACAAUCACUAACCCAACAGUAUCUGUGACGCCAACCAGUUCUCCGUCAAGAAAGCACAUUGGUACCAGAUUAAAUUCCAAAAGACAUGCAUAAUUCCAAAAGAUUGAAUUGGCUUCCUCUGCUUUCAAACUCCAAAGAUUAUUGAACUAUUUGAAGAAUACCUCUUGAGAGCAUUAUUUUAAAUGCAAAAUACACAGUGUUCUUUAUGAGACGUACGAUUAUGUACAAAUAAAAUGUUAACAAAU